GGGACUCGGCUCUCGGACCCACCCACCGAGGCUGGAAUUAUUUGUGGCCGUUCUAUGGCCUGUGUUGUACAGAUCACAAUGGCCCCUUCUGGUCUCAGAGUCUAUGAAUCUUCGACAACAUGGAUUCCCGCUCAUCCAGAGAAACUGCCAAAGAAGAUGGAGGCAGAGCUGAGAAUCUGCCGCUGAUCGGAACCGACUUUGCUUUGAGGCCGUGUGGACCCACACUUGAACCGCUUCAGUUGAACUGCUGCAAGCGUGUGUGUGGACACUCUUAUUUCAGUUUAGCUUAUACCUCUUCCUAGAGGUCUUGGAGCUAAAUCGCAAUCAGUCUGGUUAAAACGGGAAUCCACGCACGCUUUCACUGGCUGAGCAUCAUGCCUUUCAACUAAACCGGUGCGUAACUGAAUGUACAUGGAUCCCGAAUCGCAGAGAGCUGCAGCCAGUGAGAUAGAGCUGCUCGGAGUCCAGCAUGCCCCCCAGGGACUCCAAGAGAGAGGAGAGACGGAGGAGCGCUUUAGUGGAGGUGCGGAGAGAGGCCCUGGGUCUAACCACACGCUCAGGAAAUGUGCUUCCCGUCAAGUCCUAGUCCCAGCUGUCGCCCUCGCUGCAGUCACCAUUUUUAUGUUGAUCACCAUCAUCACUAUCGCUACUCUAGCAGAAUUUUUAAGAGUGGAAAAAUCCAAACCACCUGUGGCUGCUCCAUGCCCCCCUGCGGUGCCCUGCUGCCCGGACGGCUGGAUCGGAUACCGAGGGAAAUGCUAUUAUUUCUCAGAGACUGACGGGAACUGGAACAACAGCCAGAGCCAGUGCUCUGCACUCAGCGCCUCCCUGGCUGCGAUCGACAGUGAGCAGGAAAAGGAUUUCCUGCUGCGCUAUAAGGGCUUCUUCGACCGUUGGAUCGGCCUCCAGAGGGAGCCAGGCCAGCCCUGGAGAUGGCCCAACGGCACCGAAUUUGACAACCGGUUUCCGAUAAGAGGAGGUGGCAACUGUGUUUUUCUGAUUGAUGAGGACUGGUUCGGCAGCUCGCGGUGCGGCACAUGGAGACGCUGGAUCUGCAGCAAACCCGAUGCCCGUACAAUGGGGAAGAAACGUGCUGUGGAGUUAAAACUUUGA